AUGAAGCCAUCCAAGCUGGAGGAUCAUCUGAGAAGAUGUCACCCUGAUAAAACAAUAAACAAGAUUCGUAGCAACGCGUUGAAUUCUAGGUUAUUGGCGCAGUUGUGUGAAGAAAAUGACGAGGACUUUCAUCGAUUACUCCUUCACACUGAAAUGCGCUGGCUCUUGAAAGGCUUAUGUUUGACAAGAUUUUUUUCACUUUUUGAGACCGUUUUAGAGUUUUUGGAUGCUACAGAUCCCAUUUUGAAAGAAAAUUUAAUCAAAUGGAAAACAGACAUUGCUUAUAUAACAGAUUUGUUUACUAAAUUUAGUGAGGUUAACUUGCAGUUACAAGGUGACAGUCUGAAUUUAAUAAAAACAAAGUCCAUCAUAGCAGCUUUUCUUGCCAGAAUGAAUCUAAUGAAGCAAAACAUUGGAAGGCGCGAAUUUUCCCAGUUCCCCAACUUGUCAAUGAUUAACAUCCAGGAUGAUGACGUUUUGGUCUACGUUCAACAUUUAAAUGUCCUUCACACAGACUUUAAAACUAGGUUUGAGGAUGUUUUGACUAUGGAAAUACCACAGUGGAUUAUCAAUCCAUACGAUGACAUUGAAGAAUCGGAUGUCAUAUUACAAGAAAAACUGAUCGGAAUAAGCACUAACGAAGAACUUAAGGUGCAGUUCAGAAAGGGAUAUCAGCAGUUCUGGCUUCAGAAAGAUAUACCUGUUGCUUAUCCUGCAUUAUGGACUAUCGCAAGAAAAUUUUUGAUAGCUUGUCCAUCUUCAUACCUCGUGGAAAGGAGUUUUAGCGCGGUUGCCAAUCUUCUUACGAAAAAAAGAAAUCGAUUGCAAAUCAUUGGACGUGGAGAUUUAGGACUAUACCUCACUAAUUUGAAGCCUAAUAUUGAACAAUUGCUAUCAGAGCAUCAGGUUCAUCCCUCUCAUUAACAGCAUUAUUUGUGUAUUAAUUUUAUGUAAGAAUUUUACUAGGUUCUGAUUUGUUUCGUUCCAAAUCCAAAUAUUUACUUGCAUUUUGUGUCUUUUCAAUAAAGGUAUGAAUAAAAAU